CUCUCUCUCUCUCUCUCUCUCUCUCUCUCUCUCUCUCUCCUCUCUUUUCCUUUCCCAUAGCCAUGCCUUAUUUGUUUCUCAUUCUCUUAAUCUUCUCGUCUACUUUGCAUGCAUGUGAAGCUCGUUGUCUUCGAUUCUUUGAGAGUUCGAGUUUUGUUUCGAGGAUUGAACCGCAUUCGAUCUCUCAAGGGAUUUGGGCAGAUCAACCAGAGAGAAGUUUUGAAGAAAGCAAUAGUGACAAGCUUUCUUAUAAAGAGAUUAUUGUUGGGAUUGAAAUGUUAAAGCAGGGAAUGAAGAAGCAUGGAAGCAGAUUGGUAAUGGAGUUUCCAAUGAAAGAAAAAGUGUUGAAUUCUAAGGAAAAUGAGGUUGGAGAAGACAUGGUAGUGAUGGAUUAUGCACAACCCCACAGAAAGCCUCCUAUUCACAAUGAAAAACCCUAGAUAUAUAUAACAAUGUAAUGUUUCUUAAAUUCCCAUGAAAUAUUUUAAUAUGUUCCAAAAGUUAAAGUCCUUUUUUUUUCUUCUUAUUUAUAUUGGAAUAAAGAAAAAUAGAGUAUAGAAAGGGAAAUUUUAGCCGAUAGAAAAAAAUGUUAAACUAUUUACAAAAAUAGCAAAAAAAAAUAUCAAUAGACACUGAUAAAACUAUCAGCAUCUCUCAAAGAAUAUUAAAAUUUUGCUAUUUUAUGUAAGUAAUUUCCCUUAUUUUUCUAUUUUUCAAAAUCCUCCUAAAAAAUUAUGUGAGGAUUUCUCUUUGGCAAAAAGGGAAAAAAAAAAUGCAAACGGCUUUGUAUUGUAUCCAAUUAGGGUUUACUAUUUAUAAAAUUUGAGUGAAAAAAAAAAUGAGUUGUACGAGUUGACAUAAAUAGUGAAGUUCCAAAGAUGUGGGAUCUUGUGUAUACUAUACAACUUUCCUUUUUAUUUUCUUUUAUAUGAGUUUAUUAAGAUUUGAACU